CUUAAGGUUAAAACUAUUGCAGAUAGCUCCGUGAAAGAUUAUUCUCCUACGUUGAUGACAAACAUGAAAUCGAAGUCCAGAAGAUCUGGUUUCAGUCAAACAUUGCAUCAAAAAUACAGCAACUCAGACACUUUGUUUAAUGAUAAAACACUUGCAGAAGCAAUGCCAAUUAAUGGAGAUCACGAGGGUCAGCCAAAUUCCGAACAGAUCGACUCGAACGAUGAGGCUCACGAAUCAUCAAGAGGAGAAAGAAAGGAUCAUGAAACAUUAGGAGAAGAGAACAAAGAUGAAAUUGAAGGUCAUGAUCCAUCAGGAGCUGAAAUCAAUGUUCACAAACCACCAAGAGAAGAAAACAACAGUAUAUAUCAGUGGUUGAAAUGUGUGCCUGUAGAUGUAUCUAAUGAUGAACUCCAACCCACCAUUGGUUCCACGGUCCCAGAAGAGAAGAAGUCUACUUCUCAUCCAUUUAAAGACGAAACGUCAGAGGCAAAAUGUGAUCCAGAUCAAAUAUCAGCAUCAAAGCCAAAAUGUGAUCCAGAUCAAAUAUCAACAUCCGAGCCAAAAUGUGAUCCAGAUCAAACAUCAGAUCCAAAAUGUGAUCCGGAUCAAACAUCAGAUUCAAAAUGUGAUCCAGAUCAAACAUCAACAUCAGAGCCAAAAUAUGAUCCAGAUCAAUCAUCAACAUCUACGCAACAUCCAGCUCUGGAAAAGAAGCCGAAAGAUGACCAAGAAGACACAGCCGGAAUCACUUCCGAUACAUCUACAAAUACUUCUGGACUGUCAGUGAAUAAAAGUCUUGAUUCAGAAACACAAAGUCUAGAAGGAAAAGGCGACACGCACAUUUGUAUUCCUUCCACUGGGAUUGGAUGGAGGAUGGAGGUUAUGGACUUGGUAAGAUCAAAGAAAUCCAUAAACUUGGUAGUGAAGAAAGGUGCAGGAUUAGAUCUGUUUCCCGAGGAGAAAGAGAAGCGCAGAAAGUUGACAUUCCUGCCGAUGAGAGAAGAUAAAACAAGUGAUGAAGAGAUCAGUCAUCCGAGAAACAUAUCUCGUCGACGAAGUAGUUACAUUCCACCUCCUCUCGUCAAUCCCCACAUGUUCGUCAACCCGACCACACCGAAGUCUCCACCCGAACACACGCAUGGAACCAGAAAAAUGUCUUCUGCCUCUUUGAAAUCAACAACUUCUGUAGAACUUUUCCAUAUCACACCUCACUCGAUGACCAGUGGACGGUCGAGCUCUUUUGAAGUUAUGGAGGGUGAUGAACCACCAAUCACAGACAGUCGCGGCCCACAGCCCAAAAUUCCGGAGACUUACUUUGAUAAAUACAAACGCAAGCCAUUAGUAACAAUAGGCACAUAUCGGUCACAUAAUCGUUUUCUCUCUCAAGAAAAGCCAUCAAACGUGGAAGAUACACGAAAGGAGAGUGAGUUUACGACAGUGGAGGAACAGAAGGAUGAACAACAACGCCUGAGUUAUAGUCCUGUCUUUAGAGAUGAGAGAUCUGACACCUCAACAAGACCAGACCCUGUAGCUGAUAUCUUAGCUUCGCCACUAACUAGUGAUAAAAGCACACGUGACCACGAAUUGCUUUUACCAACACCAGAGACCAAAAAACCAGAAACUGAACGAGGGAAACUGUUAUCAACUUCAACGUCGCCAAACACCGCCAUCACAGCUAACACACGAGAACAAAAUCUUGAAAACAAACCAUCACAGUCAACGCCGGCGUCGAACCUAGUUGGUUCAGUGCUGCCCUCUAUGUUACCAAUUCAAACUAAACCGAUCUCGGUUAGGGAGAAAAAGACCUACUCAAACAUUCCUGUUUCCUCACUUGAAGCUAAAGCUAGAAAAUUUCAAUUAUCUCCAACACAAUCGCAAAAUGAUGAAAGGAACAAAUUACCACCAUUUUCAUCUUCGAUUCACGUACCUUCAUCACUUGGGGUUUAUCAGAAACAAGCACCUAAUAAGCCUAACCUGGUACGCCAUUUCAACAAAUCACUUUCUUCUACAUUUUCUCAAAGUCAGGCUUCUAAUCCGAUACCAAAGUCGCCAGCAGGGAAGAUUCCUCACAGCACCCUUACAGCUCGUCAAAGUAAGAAUUUUAUCGAGAAACAACCGAUUCCUUGGGGGAAAAGUGGGACGUCGUCAGUUCAGAAGAAAACAAGUCCACAAUUGUCCUUCAGCGAGGCAGAAACUGGUGGCAAAGAAGUUAAAACAUUGGUUCUAAAAAAGGUGAGAGCAACUACUUGGUCUCUGUUUCAUUUCUGUUAA